AUGACUUUGAUCAACACCUCGGAGCCAUCAUGGCCCAUAGACCACACCAAUCAAGAGCCAAUCCCCCUGGCUUCUCGCAUCGUCCACAAGUUCUUUGAGCCCAUCAUCCUCCUCGUAGCCCUUGUCGAUGCAGUUCGCAACACCGCGAAGCCACGGCCCCCAGAGCAAGAGAUCAACGUCCAGGACCCCACGCAGCUCUUCUGCGCCUUCGUCAACAAGCUGGGCCACGUCUGCGAUAGGGAAAAGGGCGGCGAGACCGUCACGUCCUUCGUCGUCCUCCAGAGCGAAGCCGAUCCUCAACGCGCCCACUACGUCUUUGCCGUGAAUAAGCAAACCGAUAGCCAGUUGUCAAGCACGGCGACGUAUGUGAGGACGCUUCUUCGCAAGGUCGGCCAGGCGCCCGAGGGCCAGGAGAACCAGCGCGAUGCGAGACGUUCCCUGCUCUAUCAUGUGCUGCGGUUCAAUAGGCCCAGAGUUUCGGUUUAUCUGCGGAAGCUCCGAGCCCAGGCUGCGUCGUGUCUUGAGAAGUGCCAAUCAGAUAUGACAGACGAAAACAUUUCGAUUGCGGAACAGUUGGGGUGCAUCCUUGAUAUUUCAGAGACUGGUUCAAAUGUCAAAGAUGCAUUGCCUCAGUAUAUCCAACAAUGCGAGACAACAAUGCAGCUUCUCGUCCGCAUAGAUAGCUCCCCAGCAGGCAAAAUCAUAGAAGAGCGCGCACAGGAAGACCGCAUCGUAGGAUACAGGAGCAUGGAAUGCUGGGCAGAGCUCCUUCACACGAUGAGACGCAUCCUCGCCUACCAGCAGUCCGUCCAGUUCUUCCUGCAAGCCAAGGAGAAAUGGCCCAGUCUCUUCCAAAACGCGACCGUGGACUUCCUUGCAUCUAGUCGCCCGGUACCAAAGCCGAUUCGCAACAAGAGCCUCUCCGCCGUGAGUAUCGUUGGCCGCAUGACGCGGAAAGAAAAGGUGAUGAGAAUCUUUCAACGAUUUGCUCAGGACCUUCAAGCCUUUGACCUCGACGACCGUAUCAAGCAAGAAUACGGCAGAACUACAUUCAGGCCGACCGUCCACGCAGAGGUCCUCUUGCUGGACUGGGUCUGGAAGCAGAGCAAAAUUGCCCCCUUGAGCUUCUUCAACGACUGCAAGUACAUUGGCAGCAGCAAGCCGACGUGCAAGCUGUGCGACUUUUACUUCCAAGAGCACAAGUACAAAAUCGGGCAUCGCAUAUCCCAUGGAAAUCUCUACUCCAGCUGGCGCGUGCCCGACGUGUUUCCGUAUCAGGGACAGGCGUGCAUAGACGACAGACAGAUCAUGGUGGACAGACUGCUGCAGAGGGUUCGCAAGGAAGCGUUCGAUAUCGUGCAGAAGAAGGCCCCGGUGAGCGUGAAGGCGGAGGAUUCACUCACUAAUUCGGCUCGGAUGACACUUUUCGAUAUUGUAUCUCUCCGUGCUUCGACUGCUCCUAUGGACGAUCUUGCGUCGCUCCUAGGACAGGUCGACAUCAGCUGA